AGGGGGUGGGGCAGAAUGAAGGGAGUGGCAAAGAUGUGUGCUGCAUGGCUAAGAGUAGUUCCAAGGAAACCUGGAGGAAUGAGAGCUGACUCUGCCAGUCACUUGCUCCGGCAGCCGGUCAGUUUUGAGCUAUUCUUCUUCACUUAUCUUGUCUGUGCUCUCCUACUCCAAAAGAUAAACAUUUACAAAACUAAUUUCCACCUGGUUGAUUUUAACCUGGUGCUGUUUACGAUCAUUGUCCUGAGUCGUCGCCUGGGCUGGUGUGUCCUUCAAGAGCUCCAAUCUCAUUGGCCGAGUGUCAAAAAACCCCUCAAGAGUUCGUCCAAAGGGAGUCGGAAAUGGGCCCACGUGUUUGAGAGUAUGGUGAAUGUGGUGAAUGUGAAGCAUGUGAUGGUUGUCAUUUGUACCCUCCUUGUGAUCCUGUGGUCAGUUGUGAGGCUCAUCGAACACACCUCUCUAUUCAAUCUGCUCUUCUUGUUCUAUCCGUUGCUGCUCUACCUUUCUCUAUUUGGGUUCACCUUGGAACCAAGACGAUAUCGAAGCAGAUUCUCCCCUCCAAGAACCUUCCUCCAUCACAUCAACUUCUCGUCUUUAGAAAGACAAAAAUUGAGGUCCGAAAUUUUCUCUUCACCCAGCAGUAAAGUUACAACCUUCUCCUCCUUGUCUACUGUCCCUGCCCACAUUGACCGCACCUCCUCAAAUACAUGCAACUCGGGUCCAUCUUUAAAUCACAUCCCCUCUUCCAAGUCUGCUAGUGUCAACUCAGCGUCUGCCCAAACCUCCAGUCUAGGCUCAAAUUCUCAUAAGACGGCUGCUGCUACUCGCAACGCUUCUCAUAAAGAUAAAGCAGCGGAACCUUCUGGAGUGGUGAAAACUGAGCAAUCAGCUAGCCUCAUAGCACGACUUGCUCUCGGUAACUUGAGUGGAGAUCGACGAUACACGUGGGAAUAUGCUGUAAUGCUGCCCACCACGCCAGAUGAGGUUCGAAAUGAAGUGGACAUUUUGUUAUCGGAUUUGAUUGUACGAUUGAAGCAACUUCUGUUCAACUCGCUUCUGUGUGCCUACUAUGUUGGGUUCAUUCCGAUGCUUUUUGCUGACAGUCACCUCUACUAUGACAAGUGGUGGUGUGUGGAGCAUGCAUUCCUCGUGUGGGCCAAUUCUUUUGUUGUUCUUUCCUCCCUCUUCCUCCCUCCGAGCUACUGCCAGUUACUCUACCACUGUGCCCUGCACCUGGGCUGCUGGACCAGGUGUAACCAUGACGACUCCACCAAUCUUUGGUCUCCCACGGUGACGUGGAAGUACGAUGCUUUGGUCCAAUGGAAUGGAGAGUCCUUCAAAGGAGAGGGAGUGUUUAACAUGGCCAUUCCUUGCGACUCCUCACAAGAGUUCUUCUAUCUGUUGUUCCAGUCUCGACUCCACGUCCACACCUGGCUCCUGACGAUGCAGAGCAUCACAGUGCUCUUCCAGAUAGUGGUCCUCCUACGCUUGGUCUACUGGCACCAACUGCUGAGCAUGUCUGUGCUGCUUCUGUUCAAUGUCUUUGUGUUCUACAAGCUUCUCCACAACAGACUCUGGCUUAGAAAGACUUUAUGGAUACCCACUUGACUCUCUGAAUUUUCAUUUUUGGCAUUAUUAUAAUUACAUUAUUAUCCAGUAUAAUUAUAGUUUUAUGGAUUACUAAUUAAUGCAUGACAUUACAAUUUAUAUGACAAAAUAUCA